AUGGCAUGUUUCCUCCACACCAUUGGGAAUGCCCAUUGUUGGUUUGCAGAAGUCCGUCCAGAGAACCCGGAAGCGCGAAUGGAUGUUAACCAGAUGAUUUCCUACUGGGGCUAUCCCAGUGAAGAGUAUGAAGUUACAACUCAAGAUGGUUACAUACUUAAAAUUAACAGAAUUCCAUAUGGAAAAACAAAUGGCUCUUGUUCAGUCAGUAGGCCUGUUGUAUUUCUCCAACAUGGUUUCCUCAUGGCUGCCAGCUGCUGGAUUUCCAACCUGCCAAACAACAGCCUGGGCUUCCUUCUGGCUGAUGCUGGUUAUGAUGUAUGGCUGGGGAACAGCCGGGGGAGUAUUUGGUCCAGGAAACACCUGUAUUUAUCACCAGACUCCAAAGAAUUCUGGUCUUUCAGUUAUGAUGAAAUGGCCAAAUAUGAUCUUCCAGCCAUUCUUGACCUGAUCAAGGAAAAAACUCAACAGGAGAAAGUAUAUUAUGUGGGACACUCACAAGGCACUGCCAUUGCCUUUGCAGCAUUGUCGACCAACCCCAAAGUAUCUGAAAGGAUCAAGAUAAAUUUUGCAAUGGCUCCAAUUUCCAUUCUUAAUGAUCUGCAUGGUCCUAUCUUGUUCCUGGCAAAACUCCCUGAGACAUUGUUUAAGCUCUUGUUUGGAGAAAAGGAAUUUCUUUCCAACAACUUUUUAGUCCACUUCAUUGGCUGGGAUCUGUGCAACCGUGAGUUCUUUGACACGAUUUGUGACAACCUCUUAUUGGCGAUAGGUGGAUUUAAUACCAUCAAUUUCAACAAAAGUCGCAUCGAUAUAUAUCUUUCACAAAACCCAGCAGGUUCCUCUGUUCAAGACAUACGCCAUUUCUUACAGACUAUUAAUUCAAAGAGGUUUGAAGCUUAUGACUGGGGAAGUCCUGCCCUGAAUAUGAAGCAUUACAAUCAGCCUACUCCUCCACCUUACGACACUAGCAAAGUGGAAGUACCAACGGCCAUUUGGUUUGGUGAAAAGGAUUUGCUCUCAGGUUCUAAAGACGUCGAACAGUUGCUGUCUAAACUCCCAAAUGUCAUUAAUCAAAGACUUAUUCGUCAUUACAAUCAUAUUGAUUUUGUGUGGGCAAAUGAUGCAUAUUCUCAUGUUUACUCUGAAAUCAUUGCUAUACUCAAUCACCUGGAAAAUUCCAAGAAGAUUUAG